GAAUGUCCCUGGAAACAUGGCGGUCAGCAUCCGCGGCCGUCCGAUGCGAAGUCUUCGGAUGCGAGGACGGAAUGACAGUGGGGAGGAAAAUGUACCGCUCGAUCUCACCAGAGAACCAUCGGACAACUUGCGUGAAAUCCUUCAGAAUGUGGCUAAGCCACAAGGAGUCAGCAACAUGCGCAAAUUGGGCCAUCUGAACAACUUCAUAAAGCUUCUCUGCAGUGUUGGAAACUGUGAGGAGAAAUUUGGGUUUACAUAUGAAGAAAUCAUCAUCUGCCUGCGGUUAGCACUGCUCAACGAAGCCAAGGAGGUGCGCGCCGCGGGCCUGAGGGCACUGCGCUACCUGAUCCGAGACAGCACUAUUCUCCAGAAGGUGCUCCGCCUCCAGGUGGACUACCUGAUUGCCAGGUGCAUCGACAUCCAGCAGAGCAAUGAGGUGGAGCGCACGCAGGCCCUGCGACUGGUCCGAAAGAUGAUCACUGUGAACGCCCUGCUCUUUCCCAGCUCCAUUGCCAACUCUCUGAUCGCCGUGGGCAACGACGGGCUGCAGGAGCGUGACCGCAUGGUGCGGGCAUGCAUCGCCAUCAUCUGCGAGCUCGCUUUGAAGAACCCAGAGGUGGUCGCUCAGCGGGGGGGUCUCAGCACAAUCCUGAAGAACGUCAUUGACUGCCAGCUGAGCCGAAUCAACGAGGCUCUGAUCACCACCAUCCUGCACCUCCUCAACCACCCGCACACCCGGCAGUAUGUGCGCUCCGACGUCGAGCUCGAGCAAAUCCUAGCACCCUACACAGACUUUCACUACAGACACAACCCGGACACAGCAGAGGGUCAGCUAAAGGAGGACAGGGAGGCGCGCUUCCUGGCCAGCAAGAUGGCGAUUGUGGCUUCCUUCCGCUCCUGGUCAGGAAUUAUUAACCUGUGCAAGUCGGGCAACUCCGGAAUCCAGUCAUUGAUCGGUUUGCUCUGUAUACCAAAUAUGGAAGUGAGGAAAGGAUUGUUAGAGGUGAUGUACGACAUUUUCCGGCUCCCUGUUCCCAUUGUCACCCAAGACUUUAUUGAAGCACUUCUCAGCGUAGACCCCAGCAGGUUUCAGGACAGCUGGAGGCUGUCGGACGGUUUUGUCGCCUCAGAAGCAAAAAUCAUCCUUCCACAUCGAGCGAGGUCUAGACCUGACUUGAUGGACAACUACCUAGCCUUGGUACUAUCUGCCUUCAUCAAUAGUGGUCUUUUGGAGGGGCUGGUGGAAGUCAUCACCAGCAGCGAUGACCACAUCUCUGUGAGAGCCACCAUCCUUCUGGGAGAACUACUGCACAUGGCAAACACCAUCCUCCCUCACUCCCACAGCCACCACCUGCACUGCCUACCCACGCUCAUGAACAUGGCCGCCUCCUUCGACAUCUCGCAGGAGAAAAGAUUACGGGCGAGCGCUGCUGUGAACUACCUGAAGUGUUUUCACGAGAAGAAGAAACGUGGGCCCAAGCCUAGCAGCCUGUACCUGGACCACAUCAUCCGCAAAUCCAUCACAGCACGCUGCUACAGGGACCUCCGUGCUCAGAAGGACAUCUUCAUCAUUAAGGACUCGGAGGAAGCACUUAUGAUGCACCUGAGAGACAGUCACAUCCUCAACCACAAGCAGAACCUGGAAUGGGACUGGGCUCUGAUCGCUACCAUACUGAAGUGGCCAAAUAUGAGCCUGCGGAGCAAUAAAGAUGAGCAGAUACACAAGUUUGUGCGCAGGCUGCUGUACUUCUACAAGCCCAGCAGUAAGCUGUUCUCCAGCCUGGAGCUGGAUCACAGCAAGGCCAAGCACCUGACUGUGGUGGGCUGCCAGUUCAUUCAGUUCCUGCUGGAGUCUGACGAGGAUGGCCAGGCGUAUCUGGAGGAGCUGGUAAAGGAUGUCGUCCUGUGGCUGUCCUCCUCCUCCGGCCUCAAGCCGGACCGCAGCCUGCAGAGCAACGGGCUGCUCACUACCCUCAGCCAACACUACUUCCUCUUCCUGGGCACACUCUCCGCCCACCAGAACGGCGUCAAGAUGCUUGAGAAGUGUGGCGUCUUCCAGUGCCUGCUGAACCUGUGCUCCCUGAAGAACCAGGACCACCUGCUGAAGCUGACUGUGUCCACCCUGGACUAUAGCCGAGAUGGACUGGCACGGGUCAUCCUUUCCAAGAUCCUGACGGCUGCCACUGACAACUGCAGGCUGUACGCCACCAAACACUUGCGGGUGCUGCUGCGCGCAAACGUUGAGUUCUUCAGCAACUGGGGCAUCGAGCUGCUGGUGACUCAGCUACACGACCGCAACAAGGCCAUCUCCAUGGAGGCGCUGGACAUCCUGGACGAGGCGUGUGAGGACAAGGCAAACCUCCACGCUCUUAUCCACAUGAAGCCAGCACUGACCCACCUGGGCGACAAAGGCGUCCUGCUUCUCUUGCGGUUCCUGUCAAUUCCGAAGGGCUUCUCCUACCUCAACGAGAGGGGAUACGUCACGAAGCAGUUGGAAAAAUGGCAGAAAGAGUAUAACCUGAAGUACGUGGACCUGAUUGAGGAGCAGCUGAACGAGGCGCUCACCACCUACCGUAAGCCCAUCGACGGAGACAACUACGUCCGGCGAAGCAACCAAAGGUUACAAAGGCCAAAUGUUUAUCUUCCUGUGCACUUGUACGGUCAGCUUGUCCAUGAUAAGACAGGCUGCCACCUGCUGGAGAGUCAGAAUGUGGUUCCGGACCUCAGCUACACAGUACGCUCCCCAAUGCUGGAUAAGUGGGAGGGCAUCAAACAGCUGAAGGCUGCACUGUGGGCCCUGGGUAAUAUCGGCUCUUCAAAUUGGGGUCUGAACCUCCUCCAAGAGGAGAACGUGAUCCCGGACAUCGUGGCCCUUGCCCAGCACUGUGAAGUCCUGUCAAUCCGAGGGACUUGCUUGUAUGUCCUGGGGCUGAUCUCCAAGACCAAGCAGGGCUGUGAGCUGCUGAAGCAGCACGGCUGGGACGCGGUGCGGCACAGCCGGCGGCAGCUGUGGCCCGUGGUGCCGGACGAGGUGGAGCAGCAGCAGCAGCAGCAGCAGCAGCAGCCGUCCAGCGAGCUGUCGUCCGUCCCCAGCACGCUCAGCCUCAACUCCGAGUCCACCAGCUCCAGGCACAACAGCGAGAGCGACUCCACGCAGCCCGGCAUGUACAUUCUGGACGACGAUCGGUAUGAGGGCCCAGACCUGUCGGAGGACCCGCCGCUGUACAUGCGCGCCAAGCCCCAGAAGGACCGCAGCCCCUUCACCAUCCUGACGUCCGGCCGCCUGGCCCGGAGCCGCUUCAUCACCUCCCUGUCCCUCCCCAGCAAGAAGCUGCGCAGCACCAGCGACCCCAAGGGCAGCGGAGGCCCCAAGGUGCCCGGGGAGCUCAAGCUGGGGGGUCUGAGGCGCAACCGCACCGUCACCGAGCCCGCCAUCUACUCCCCCGGCCAGGGCGACGUCUUCACCCCGGUCUACAACGGCGGCCAGCUGCCCAAGAGCCCCACGGUGAGCCUGGAGACGUCCUUUGUGGGCAGCAAGGCGUCGGGGGACCGGGGCAGCACGCCCAGCAUCGGGGAGGAGGAACCCAGGCUGCCCCGUGGACUAGGGGGCGGGGCCGGCUCGGGGGAGAACCACCGGGAGCAGAGCAGCCGGGAGAGGCUCGCUGGGGAUGGCUCCUCCUCCUCUGGGGGAGGGGCCCCGUUCAAGAGCCGGAGCCAGAGCUUUAACACGGACACGACCACGAGCGGCAUCAGCUCCAUGAGCUCCAGCCCGUCCCGGGACACAGUCGGGGGCGGCAUGGACUCCCCGAGCGUGGACACGGACUGCGUCAGCCUCAACACGGUGGUCAGCACCCAGACCGUCAUGGCCCUGAACUCCCUCACACCCCAGUCCAACCACAUGCCCCUGUCCAAGUCCAACUCGGUGUCCCUGGUCCCGCCCGGCUCCUCCCACACCCUCCCCCGCCGGGCCCAGUCGCUCAAGUCUCCCUCGGUGGGGGCCAUCAAGAGCCUGGCGGACUGCAGCUUCAUCUACACGAGCCCGCGCGACGCCCUGGGCUACGCCACGCUCAAGCGGCUGCAGCAGCAGCGCAUUCACCCGUCCCUGUCGCACAGCGAGGCGCUCGCCUCCCCCGCCAAGGACGUGCUGUUCACCGACACCAUCACCAUGAAAACCGGGAGCCUGGACUCCCGGCUCACGCCCCGCAGGUUCUCUAUAAAGAGGCUCAGAUGUUUGGGCCAUGGCCCGGUCGGGCCCCAUCGCAGGGCAUCCAGAACACUCUUCCCACGAUUUCUGAAAGCACUGAGUUUUGCCUCUCUGGACAAAGAGGACCUCCUCAGUCCCAUCAGCCAGACGACCCUCCAGCGCUCCUCCUCUGUCCGCUCAAUGGUCUCCAGCGCCACCUAUGGGUGCUCAGAUGACUACAUUGGCCUGGCACUGCCCAUGGACAUCAACAACAUGUUUCAGAUAAAAGAAACACCUUAUUUCCAGCAGCGGACCAGUCCGCCAUCUGAGGAGAGAUCGGCCAAGUUUUUCUUUGGAGAAUCAGAUGGCUCAGGGGAGGGCUCUCGUCACCCCGCCCCCUUGCUGAGGCAGCAGUUCAGCAUCACCGAGCUGAUGGCGGGAGGCCGGGCCGAGCAGCAGCAGCUGCUGGGCUCCGGGGAGACGGGCCUGCAGGAGCACAGAGAGGACAACUGCCUGUACUGCGUGGGCGUCCAGGUGCUGGGCUGCGCCGCGCACAGCUCCACGCAGGGCCGCACAGACUUCAGUGACGUCCCAUACUCGGAGUGGUGCGGCCCAUCCAUCCACAACCACCUGGAGGUGAUGCCCCAGUCCAAGUUCUCGGGGGUCUCUGGGUGCAGCGACGUGGUGUCCCAGGGGUCUGCCAGCAGCACCCGCAGCACAGAGCUUGUCCUGGGGGUGAAGGCCAUCCCAGAGGACGCGCCAGCCUGCAGGGCUCUCCUGAGGAAAGAGGUGCUCCGGCUGGUGGUCAACCUGAGCUCCUCUGUGGGGACCAAGGGCCAUGAGACCGGCCUGCUCACGAUCAAGGAGAAGUUCCCCUACGCCUUUGAUGACAUCUGUCUGUAUUCAGAGGUGUCCUACCUGCUGGCGCACUGCAUGUUCCGCUUGCCCUCUCGGCGCUUCAUCCAGGAGCUCUUCCAGGAUGUCCAAUUCAUCCUGAUGUAUGAGGAAGCUGAGACCGUCCUCUCAAUGGCACAAAAGCAAGUCAGUGUGGACGACCACAGCGAAUCCUGACCACCCAAUCGCUUCCACCCCUCCUCCCCCCUACACGCGCCCUCCCCGCACCGGUGCCCCAAGCCCUCUGCAGGUCCCUGAUCCGUGUGCGGUGAGAACAGGAGAGGGACAACAGGAGGAAUAUGGAGAGCGCUUACACAGGACAGUGAGCAGGCUGAGGUCAGGGGAAAACACACGAAAGACAGAGGAGAAGCAGGAUGCUCCCGGGCAGCUGAAGGACAGACAGACCUGGGGGAUCCUACAGAGGAACUCUUUAACAAAGCAAAGCUUAUGACUGACACUUUGAAACCUGAGCACUGAACACAUUACAGAUUGAACUUUUUAUUAAAAAUGAACUGAAAUGACAGUAACUGAAUAAGGUAUGUGCUGGUGGGGUAAAUUCCCUUUUCCCUCCAGAUGAAUGCAUUCUGUUACUGUUAUGAAUCAACAAAAGCAUGUUUCUUCUUUUUUUUAACUCGGCAUUUCCCAAACGGGUUUAUUUUUUAUCUAGACUGUGAACACUACAGGACGUUCCAGCAUUUUCAGAUGGGAGCACUUCAUCCCUAAUAAAUCAGUCAGCCUGCAUUUGGGAGAAAUGGACAGUACAACUUCCAAUAUUCUGAUGAAAGAGUGAUUGCUAUUUGAAAGAUUUCUUUUUUUUCUUCUCUGCAAAUAUUUCAGACAAUCGAAUGCCAAAUAAUUUAUUCUACUUCGAUGCCUGUUUUUCUCAGUCUGAUGUUCCGCAUGGUCAAAGAAAAAGCUUCUCUCUACUACCCUCCCCCACAUUUUUGCUUGCAGUUUUUGUUUAUUUUAGCAAGACAUUUAGCCCUUGUGUUCUUAACAUGCGAGAGCAAGCAGAGAUUGAUUUCAGUUCUGAAGCAGCAGUGCUAAUAGCGUUUGUGGCUGUGAGCUUUGUCGGGGACAGAUAAAGUAGUUCCAAGUAUUGGGUUGGUGCACAUCACAGCAAUGACCGUCUUCAGUUGUGUUUUCUAUCAGUAAACCACUGGCAAAUCCAGAGUUUGGAUAUUUGGUGCCAUAUAUUGUAAGGAAUGUAAAUGGUAAUCCAGCUACACAACGCUGAGCUUCAAACACAAAAUAAGCAAUGCUAAAAUAAGAAGGAAAUUCUCCUUUUGUAGGUGUUAAUGUUACCAUUCUUUAUUUGGAGUGAACACCAUCUCUUUAAAUGUUCCUGAUGUAACAUCAUUCUGUGGCAUCAUUGUGGUUGCUACAUUGAAAACCGUAAGUGCUUAAGUGCUCCCUCAUUUUAAUGCAUUUGUUGGUAUUGGAAGGACGUAUUAUAGUGGUUAACACUAUUACAGCAAAUGCAUUAUGUCGGUCAUUAUGUUUUGAGGGAGUAUGAAAUGCUUUUCACAGUGAAAAGGAACAGAUUGUCUGCAAUAAAGGAGGUCAAAGGGUGAGUUCUUUUAAGAAUAUCGAUCACAUUGUAAUUUGAAGAGCUUGACAUACACUCUCAGUGAAGUUACGGUAAAUCAACACAAUGCUAUUAAUAUUUUCAGUAAUCUGUUAUUAUCAUCAGGACCUUUUAAGAGUUCAAUAAGAUGCCCCACAGCUGAUACCCCUCAUUGUUUAUAAAUACUUGCACUGGAAAGUUUACGUUCAUUUGCAUCAUUAAGUUUUGUAUGUCAUCAGAUUGAGAACAGUUAAGGGAGAAAUACUGCAACAGCUGUGAGCUAACCAUGUCAUGACUUUUGCAAAUUGACUUUUCCAAUGCAAGACUUCUGCAGGUUACAAAGAAGGACCACUGUACACAGACUGUUAUAAAUGACAGCUCUGAGUCCAGACAAGGUUUUUUUACUUCUCAUACGUCUCAGUGCAUUUCAAAAAAAGGCAAGAAAAAUUAGUAAAUGUGGAGUAACACAAAAGUAUCCCAUCCAUCACUUAUUACAGACUUAAUACAAAAAUUAUACGCUUUGUAACUGCUAUGCAAUGUAACCAUUAUUUGUAAACACAAAUGAAUUUUGAAGAGGCUGAACAGUUGGGGCUUUCUUUCUUUUGGCUGGACCAUUAUGUUUUUUUUUUCUCUUGUUUU